AUGGAGAACAUGAUGCAGGGCAAUAAGAUCAGACGAGUUGCAGCUACUCGCAUGAAUGAGAGGUCAUCUCGAUCACACACGAUUUUCCGGAUUAUUCUGGAGUCGAAAGAUGCCAAUCAGAAAGAUGGACCUGUACAUAUAAGCUACCUUAACUUAAUGGACUUAGCUGGUUCUGAGAGAGUUUCUCUGACGAAAGCUGCUGGUGAGCGUCUUAAAGAGGGGGCUAACAUAAACAAAUCUUUGUCAGUAUUAGGAAUGUGA